GUGGGGGGCGGGGCGGCUGCGGGCGCCAUCUUUUCCCAUGGACGGUGCUCGAGGGGGGCGGUCGCCGCGGCAGCAUUUUGUUGUUGUUUCAGUCAGACAGGGACAUUGAGGGGAAAGCUCGGUGCCUGAAGGCCGCACGACCCAAACUCCGCUCGCCAUGGCCAAUGUGUCCUAUCACAUCUCCAACCUGCUGGAGAAAAUGACCUCCAGCGACAAGGACUUCAGGUUUAUGGCCACCAACGACCUGAUGGUAGAGCUUCAGAAAGACUCCAUUAAGCUGGAUGAUGACAGUGAGAAGAAGGUGGUGAAAAUGUUGCUGAGGCUGCUCGAAGAUAAGAAUGGAGAGGUGCAGAACCUGGCCGUGAAGUGCUUGGGUCCAUUGGUCAGCAAGGUGAAAGAGUACCAGGUGGAGACAAUUGUGGAUACAUUAUGUACGAACAUGCUGUCUGAUAAAGAGCAGCUCCGGGACAUAUCCAGCAUUGGCCUGAAGACUGUCAUUGCAGAGCUGCCUCCUGCUUCUAGUGGCUUGGCCCUGUCGGCUAAUGUGUGUAAGAAGAUUACUGGACGUCUGACGAGUGCUAUUGCAAAGCAAGAGGAUGUUUCUGUCCAGCUGGAGGCCCUGGAUAUAUUGUCUGAUAUGCUAAGCAGGUUGGGUGGGACUCUGAUCACAUUUCACUCCUCAAUCCUGACCUGCCUGCUGCCUCAGCUGUCUAGUCCAAGGCUGGCUGUUCGUAAGAGAGCCAUCAUUGCUCUGGGUCAUCUGGUCAUGAGCUGCAGCACGUGUCUCUUUUCUGAGCUAAUGGAUCACCUCCUGGUUGAAUUGUCAAAGAAUGAAUCUACGUCUAUGACCAGAACUUACAUCCAAUGCACUGGUGCCAUCAGCCGGCAGGCAGGACACAGAGUUGGAGAACAUUUGGAGAAGAUUAUUCCCCUGGUUGUAAAAUACUGCAAUGUGGAUGAUGAUGAGCUGCGGGAGUACUGCUUCCAGGCAUUUGAAUCCUUUGUGAGAAGAUGUCCAAAGGAGAUGUCCCUUCACAUCCCUGCUAUGAUUGGUCUGUGUCUCAAAUAUAUCACAUAUGAUCCAAAUUACAACUAUGACCAAGAUGAGGAUGAUGAAGACGCCAUGGAAACAGACAAAACCGAUGAAGAAGAGGAUCAAGACAGUGAAGAGGAGUACACCGAUGAUGACGACAUGAGCUGGAAAGUUCGCCGAGCUUCCACCAAGUGUUUGGAUGCCAUUGUGAGCACCAGGCAUGAGAUGCUGCAGGAGUUUUACAAGACUGUCUCGCCGGCCCUCAUCAGUCGAUUCAAGGAGCGAGAGGAGAAUGUGAAGGCUGACAUUUUUCAUGCAUAUGUGUCUCUUCUGAAGCAGACCAAACCAGUCCAGAGCUGGUUGCAAACUACAGAUGCCCUGGGACAAGGAGACAUGCCCCUAAUGAUGCUUCAGCAUCAAGUACCUAGUAUAGUGAAAGCUCUGCAUAAGCAGCUAAAGGAGAAGAGUAUGAAGACUCGACAAGGGUGUUUCAAUCUCCUCACUGAAUUGGCCAGUGUCCUACCUGGAGGCUUGUCUGAACAUAUACCAGCCUUAGUUCCAGGCAUCAUUUACUCUCUCACUGAUAAAUCAAGUACCUCAAACAUGAAGAUUGAUGCACUGACCUUUUUCCAUGUCAUCCUUUGUAAUCAUCCACCAGAAGUGUUCCACCCUCACAUUAAGACAUUGUUGCCACCAACAAUAGCCUGCAUUAGUGAUCCAUUCUACAAAAUCACUUCUGAGGCCUUGCUAGUGACUCAGCAACUCAUAGAGGUCAUCCGUCCACUGGGCAAGCCUUGUUCGUUUGAUGCUAAGCCUUAUGUGAAGGAUCUGUUCAGUAGCACUUUAAAGAGAUUGAAAGCAUCUGACAUCGACCAAGAGGUGAAGGAGAGAGCGAUAGCCUGCAUGGGACAGAUCAUCUGUAAUCUUGGAGACAGCCUAGGUGCCGACCUGAAUCCCACAUUGCAGAUUUUCCUUGAACGACUGAAAAAUGAGAUCACAAGACUGACCACAGUCAAAACCUUAACUCUGAUCGCAAGUUCUCCUUUAAAAAUUGACCUGCGUCCGAUUCUUGGUGAGGGCGUUCCCAUCCUGGCUUCCUUUCUUCGGAAGAACCAGCGUGCGUUGAAGCUCAGCACUUUAGCUGCACUGGACAUCCUGAUUAAGAAUUAUGGUGACAGCCUUAAACCAGUGAUGAUUGAAUCGGUUUUAAAGGAGCUUCCAUCCCUGAUUGGGGAGAGUGACAUGCACGUCUCCCAGAUGGCCAUUACUUUCCUGACAUCACUGGCCAAAGUCUAUCCAUCAUCAGUGUCUAAGAUUGGUGGGUCCAUAUUGAUAGAAUUGUUCAACCUAGUUCGUUCACCACUGCUUCAAGGAGGGGCUCUGAAUGCCAUUUUAGACUUUUUCCAGGCUUUGGUGGUAUCCAAGGCUCCUAACAUGGGCUACAUGGAGCUUCUGAAGCAGCUGACAGGAACGAUCUAUUCAUCAGCCCAGUCAGGUGGUGGCGUCGUUCUGCACAAACAGGCCUAUUAUUCUGUGGCUAAAUGCGUAGCCGCACUUACCUCAGCGUGUCCAAAGGAUGCUAAUACCGUGGUGAACCAAUUUGUCCAAGAUGUGAAGAAUCCCAAAUCACCAGACUCAGUCCGCUUGCUGGCUCUACUUUCCUUAGGUGAGAUUGGCCGCACCAUGAAUCUGAGUGCGCAAAAAGAACUCAAGCUGGUGAUCCUUGAAGCGUUUUCAUCAUCUAGCGAGGAAGUCAAGUCAGCAGCCUCCUACGCGUUAGGGAACAUCAGUGUGGGAAACCUCAGUGAAUACCUUCCCUUUAUUCUCAAGGAGAUCAGCAGUCAACCCAAGCGCCAAUACUUGUUACUGCACUCACUAAAAGAAGUCAUCAGCUCUUCACCGGCAGACAGCUUGAAAUCUCACGUCCAGGACAUUUGGGCUUUGCUGUUCAAGAACUGUGAAUGUGCUGAAGAGGGGACUCGGAACGUGGUGGCUGAAUGUUUAGGGAAAUUGACCCUCAUCGACCCCAGUCAUCUGCUGCCCAAGCUGAAAAAACAGCUCACAUCAGGUUCGGCCUACUCUCGAAGUACAGUGGUGACAGCUGUCAAGUUUACAAUUUCGGACCAUCCACAGGGGAUUGAUCCGCUGCUAAAAGGCUGCAUAGGUGACUUUUUGCGGACCCUGCAGGAUCCUGAUCUCAAUGUCCGACGCGUUGCCUUGGUGAUGUUCAAUUGUGCAGCUCACAAUAAGCCUUCCCUGAUCAGAGACUUGCUAGAGACAGUGCUUCCACAAUUGUACAAUGAAACCAAGGUCAGGAAGGAGCUCAUCAGAGAGGUAGAAAUGGGACCUUUCAAGCACACGGUCGAUGAUGGGCUUGACAUUCGGAAAGCUGCUUUUGAAUGCAUGUAUACUCUGCUGGAUAGCUGCCUUGAUAGGCUGGACAUUUUUGAAUUUCUCAACCACGUGGAAGAUGGAUUAAAGGAUCACUAUGAUAUCAAGAUGCUGACUUUCAUCAUGUUAGCACGGUUAUCAACCGUUACCCCCAGUGCAGUGCUUCAGAGGUUAGACAGGUUGGUGGAACCCCUGCGUGCAACCUGCACUACUAAGGUAAAGGCUAACUCAGUGAAACAGGAAUUUGAGAAACAAGACGAGCUGAAGCGCUCAGCGAUGAGAGCAGUAGCAGCCUUACUGACUAUCCCAGAGGCUGAGAAGAGUGCACUGAUGGCAGAGUUCCAGUCCCAGAUUCGGUCUAACCCUGAGAUGGCAGCUAUUUUCGAAAGCAUCCAGAAAGACAACAUAUCGGCGAGUAGUACAGAGACAAUGGACUUCAGCUAAAACAUACAAACCAAAAGGAUCUAAAGAUGCUUUGGCUUCAUAACUAACUCCUGUGUGAAAUAUUAUUUAUAUCUUGCCAUUUGGAUUUUUUCUGUUGCAGCCCCUAUCAGCAUAAUGGCUGAUAUUGUGGUUUGGCUGUCUGUGUUGCCUUUGCAUGACUUUUGUUUCAAGGAUAUUAAUGCUCUCUAAAUGGUCCGUAUAGUAUCCCCUCUACCCAUCACCCAGCUACUGUAGUAGAAUGUUGGGGAUCUCAAGGGUGACUGAUGGUUGUACUCAGAUUUGCUUCUCACCCCUGUCCCUUUAGGAAGAAAGAAGGCUGCGCAGUGUGUACGCGGUGGGGAAGGGAAGGGAAGGAAAGAGAGAGAUUGUAUGGUCUUAUGUAGCAUCGCUCAAGUAAUUGCCACAUGAGCCACAGAAUAAAGUUGGUGACCUUAUGGCCCUAACCAAAGAAGAAUUUCAAAACUAUCAGUGCAUGAUCUCCCACUGGAUAGCAAGUCGAUUCUACAACCUAAAAGGUCCAAGUAUUGGACUGUCUGCACCAAAGGAUGUUCACAUUUUAAAGACAGGACAAGACUGACUGUAGGAAGACAAAUGGAGUGUGGGUGAGGGGAAAAAAAAGUAUAAUGUGAAUAAAACGAGAUGAUAGAACAAGAAUCAUAUUAAUUUGUAACUGACCUUGAGUAACAAUAACUAAGUGCAGUGACAGUAGUCCAUCUAACAUGCAACUUGACUGUUGCUGUUCUGUAUGGAUAAAUGUUUUUUUGGUGUCUUUGGUCACUUAGGAAAUCCUGAGUGCUUUCAGGCACUUGGAGCUGAGUGUACUACUACCAUGGAUUUUCCUGGGAUGUUAGUGCAAGAUUUAUCCAAUUAUCCAUAUGGCCCCAGUUUGAGCCCAUGUGUUAGUGUUGCUACACAGCAACAUAUACUGUCACCAGGUUCCACAGUUUGUUUCUCUCUGUCUUGGUCAUUUAAAGGUAAUUGAAGGUAUCUAGGCCAUUUAUAAUCUCUCAUACUUUUCCAGCCAUGUAUUUACCACUGGGAAAAUAUAUUUAAGGAAUGGAUGUAUAGAUUUUCUCAUCUGUCUGCAUUCCUUAUCCCAAACAAAACUAUUUUCAUGCUCUGAGGUGUAUUCUCAUUUUUGAUUUUAAUAGAGGAUGAGGUGAAUUUGAAGACAUAUGUAACUAGAUGUUGGCCUGGGAGAAAUGAACCUUGGUGCUCAGGUGUAGUAUGUUCCAUUGGGCGGUGCUCACUACUGUUUCCUUCCACAAACCUGCCUCUUAAUCCCUGAUCAUUGAGGUGUCCCACUUAAAAGUCAGGGACCUUUUUUCCCACUUCCUGGUAAGGAUUAUUUGAACCGAAAUGUGCUUAUCGCUAUUAGGUGAGAUUUAAUUCUUACAGAUUCCACCAUUUGAGGAAAAUAAAUUGGUUUCAAAGCAUUUCGUUUUACUUUGUGGGAGCAGUUCAUUAAUUUGACAUUGUGAACUGCUGAUUGAUGUUCUCCGCCAUCCUAAUCAUCUGCAUUGAACUUCACUCAGUGCCAAUACAGACUACACUUAAAGCAUGUGCAUACUCUUCUCCGGCACAGCUAUUUUGGCUAUUGCAUCUUGCUCUAUGUUUAAGCUUAAGAAAUAACUUCAGUCAAUUGGACAAAGUCCAUUCACUGAAAUGCACUGUUAGACCUGGGAUCGGAGGUGAAGUAGCCUACCUAGGAUCCUCAUGUAAAUUUUCAGGUACUUGUCAGUAUUCGAUUUAGAGUUUAACAAAACUGGGAGGGAUUGGAUGUAGUGAUGAUGAACACCUAGAUGUCUCCAGCACAGCUUGUAAAUAUAUCACCCACUAGUUAUCAAAUGUGCUACUGGCAUCUAGUGUCACUAUACUAAUACUAUGGCAGCUGUCACAUGUACUGAAUUGUGUUGGCAGUUUAUUUGACAUUGGAUGUUUGAUCUUUUACCCAGUUGAAGUAUUGGCUGCUCAUCAAGCAUUGGUUUAGAUCAAGUGUCACUAAAUCUGUCUGGUGAUAUCUUGGAUCUCUAAGCUCAAAAGAUGACUUUGCAAGCUAUAAAUUUUUUUUGAACCUGAUCAGAUACAAAGUGCACUGGAAAACUGCCACAGAAAACAAUUAUAGUGACUCAUCUGCAACUUCUCCAGUUUUUAAAAAAAGUCAAAGGCAAUUGUCAAUAUGGAGUGUUAUAUUAAUAAAGUUCAAGAAUAUUUUGGAGCAAGUGGUAUUAUAAAAAUAAAGGUUGAAGCACAGGG